CGCCAUCCUCCUCCUCCUCCCGGUGCCGAGCACCCUCAGCCCGCCUCCUCCUGCCGCCGCUUCCGCUCUCCGCGGUGCGUAGCGAGGGGGAGGGCGAGCGGGGAAGCACCGCCCCAGCCCUGCAGCCCCCAACGGGCCCUGGACCCGCGGCCGCGCAGCUCCUAGCACUCCGUGGGGACCAUGGACCGCUCAGCAAAUGCAGCCGGGGUCCUGGAGCACUCUGAUACGGGGGCACAGAAGAACAGAGUGGUGACUGAGGAGGAAUGGCGGCAGAAAUGGGAAAUGCGUAACAUUGGGUUUCACAAGGAACAAGGGCAUCCGCUCCUCCAGAAGUAUCUGGAUGUUCUUUUAAGUGGCAGGAGCAAACUGAGGAUAUUUUUCCCACUUUGUGGUAAAGCAGUAGACAUGAAAUGGCUGGCAGACAUGGGGCACUGCGUUGUUGGUGUGGAAGUCAGCGAGCAAGCACUGAAGGAGUUUUUUGCAGAACACAGUCUGCCUUAUAGCGAGGAGCCAGUCGUAGAGAUUCCAGGAGCAAAGAAGUUGCAGAGUAUCUCUGGGAACAUUUCUCUGUACUGCUGCAGUAUUUAUGAUUUGUCCAGCUCAGUAAUUGGCAAGUUUGAUGGGGUUUGGGAUAGAGGAGCUCUAGUAGCUGUGAAUCCAUGCGACAGACAACGCUAUGCCAGUUUGAUGGUCACCCUAAUGGAGCCAAAUUCUUCUUAUCUCCUUGUUACAGUUUCAUAUGAUCCAAACAAACACAAAGGCCCUCCUUUUUAUGUUCCUGAAUCUGAAAUUAAAAGCCUGUUUGGCAGCCACUGUGAAAUUAAGUAUCUUGAAAACGUCAACGACUUCUCAGAGAGACACAGGCAAUGGGGACUAGAUUAUUUUCUGGAGGUGCUGUAUUUGCUGAAGCUUGUAUCUUGAUUAAAAUUACUUAAAAUAAUUCA